AGUUAUGGAGCCCCCCAGCUGUAUUCAGGAUGAGCCGUUCCCGCACCCUCUGGAGCCCGAGCCGGGCGCCCUUCCCCAGCUGGGCCCCGGGAAGCCGGGCGACAAGCGGUUCCGGCUGUGGUACGUGGGGGGCGCGUGCCUGGACCGCAGGACCACGCUGCCCAUGCUGCCCUGGCUCAUGGCCGAGAUCCGCCGGCGCAGCCAGAAGUCCGACGCGGGCGGCUGCGGGGCACCCGCGGUGCGCGAGGUGCUGCUGGUGCUCAGCGCGCCCUUCGUGCGCUGCGUCCCCGCGCCGGGCGCCGGGGCUGCGGGGGGCGUCGGCCCCGCCGCCGCGCCGCCCAACCCGGCCGUGUUCAUCUUCGAGCACAAGGCACAGCACAUCUCGCGCUUCAUCCACAACAGCCACGACCUCACCUAUUUCGCCUACCUGAUCAAGGCGCAGCCGGACGACCCGGAGUCUCAGAUGGCCUGUCACGUUUUUCGCGCCACAGAUCCCAACCAGGUUCCAGAUGUUAUCAGCAGCAUAAGACAGUUAUCUAAAGCCGCCAUGAAGGAGGAUGCCAAGCCCAGCAAGGACCACGAGGACGCCUUUUACAACUCGCAGAAGUUCGAAGUCUUGUACUGCGGAAAGGUGACGGUGACACACAAGAAGGCUCCGUCCAGCCUCAUUGACGACUGCAUCGAGAAGUUCAGCCUGCACGAGCAGCAGCGCCUGAGGAUCCAGGGGGGGCCGCGCACCGUGGAGGCCAGUGGGGAACCAGUGACCUUCGAGGCUGGGGCCCCCGACUCCCCCACAGACCUUCUGUUGGAGGAAGGGGAUGGCCUUCUCCCCACCCCCACAGCCUUCCCGCCUGCCACCAGCCAGCUGGGACUGCCUAGCUCUCGAGGGUGCUUCCCUGAGCGCAUUUUGGAAGACUCUGGCUUUGAUGAACAGCAGGAGUUCCGCUCUCGCUGCAGCAGCGUCACCGGAGUCCUGCAAAAGAGAGUUCACGAGAACAGCCAGAAAGCGCAGCCCAGAAGGAGACACGCCAGCGCGCCCAGCCACGUGCAGCCCUCGGACUCGGAGAAGAACAGAACCAUGCUCUUUCAGGUUGGACGGUUUGAGAUUAACCUUAUCAGUCCAGACACUAAAUCAGUUGUGCUUGAAAAGAAUUUUAAAGAUAUUUCUUCUUGUUCUCAGGGUAUAAAGCAUGUGGACCACUUUGGCUUCAUCUGUCGGGAAUCUCCAGAGGCCGGGCUGAGCCAGUAUAUCUGUUAUGUGUUCCAGUGUGCCAGCGAAUCUCUGGUUGACGAGGUCAUGCUGACACUGAAGCAGGCCUUCAGCACGGCCGCUGCCCUGCAGAGUGCCAAAACCAAGAUCAAGCUGUGUGAGGCCUGUCCUAUGCACUCUUUGCAUAAGCUCUGCGAACGGAUUGAAGGUCUGUACCCGCCAAGAGCCAAGCUGGUAAUACAGAGGCAUCUCUCAUCACUGACAGAUAAUGAGCAAGCUGACAUCUUUGAACGAGUUCAGAAAAUGAAGCCAGUCAAUGACCAGGAGGAAAAUGAACUUGUGAUUUUACAUCUGAGGCAGCUAUGUGAAACCAAGCAGAGGACACACGUUCACAUUGGGGAAGGCCCGCUGGCUAUUUCAAAUAGUACAAUCCCAGAAAAUGCGACCAGCAGUGGAAGGUUCAAGCUUGACAUUCUGAAAAAUAAAGCUAAGAGAUCUUUAACUAGUUCCCUGGAAAAUAUAUUUUCAAGGGGAGCUAACAGAAUGAGAGGUAGACUCGGAAGCAUGGACAGCUUUGAACGAUCCAACAGUCUUGCCUCAGAGAAGGACUGCUCACCAGGAGACUCGCCACCAGGGACUCCACCAGCCUCCCCCCUGUCCUCAGCUUGGCACACGUUCCCCGAGGAGGAUUCUGACUCCCCACAAUUUCGAAGAAGGGCACACACAUUCAGCCACCCACCUUCGAGCACAAAGAGGAAGCUGCAUUUACAGGAUGGGAGGGCCCACAUGGUUCGCUCCCCUCUUCUGAGGCAGAGCUCCAGCGAACAGUGCAGCGAUGGAGAGGGAAGAAAAAGGACUUCAUCCACUUGCAGCAAUGAAUCCCUGAACUUUGGAGGAACCCCUGUGACUCCUCGCCGGAUCUCCUGGCGGCAGCGCAUUUUCCUCAGGGUUGCCUCACCGUUGAACAAGUCUCCUUCCGCCAUGCAGCCACAGGAUGGACUGGACAGCAAUGAGCUGCUGCCACUGUCCCCUCUUGCCCCAACCAUGGAGGAGGAACCGCUGGUUAUAUUCAUGUCUGGUGAAGAUGACCCAGAAGUGAUGGAAGAAAGAAAAAAGUCAGAAGCACUGAGGAGUUUGUGGAGAAAAGCCAUACACCAACAAAUCUUGUUGCUUCGAAUGGAAAAAGAAAACCAGAAACUUGAAGAAGCAAGCAGAGAUGAAUUGCAGUCCAGAAAAGUUAAGUUGGACUAUGAAGAAGUGGGUAUAUGCCAGAAGGAGAUCUUAAUUACCUGGGAUAAGAAAUUGUUAAACUGCAGAGCUAAAAUCAGAUGUGACAUGGAAGAUAUUCAUACCUGCCUUAAAGAAGGUGUUCCUAAAAGUCGACGAGGAGAAAUCUGGCAGUUUCUGGCUUUACAAUAUCGUCUACGGCACAGAUUGCCUAAUAAACAGCAACCUCCUGACACCUCCUAUAAAGAGCUUCUGAAGCUGCUCACUGCCCAGCAGCAUGCGAUUCUUGUGGAUUUAGGAAGGACAUUUCCUACUCACCCUUACUUCUCAGCGCAGCUUGGGGCCGGGCAGCUGUCCCUCUUUAACCUCUUGAAAGCCUAUUCUUUACUGGACAAAGAAGUGGGGUACUGUCAGGGCAUCAGCUUUGUGGCCGGAGUCCUGCUGUUGCACAUGAGUGAAGAGCAAGCCUUUGAGAUGCUGAAGUUCCUCAUGUAUGACCUCGGCUUCCGCAAGCAGUACAGACCGGACAUGAUGUCCCUGCAGAUUCAGAUGUACCAGCUGUCCAGGCUUCUCCAUGACUAUCACAGAGAUCUCUACAAUCAUCUAGAAGAACAUGAAAUCAGCCCUAGUCUCUAUGCUGCCCCCUGGUUUCUCACAUUGUUUGCCUCUCAAUUUCCACUAGGAUUUGUAGCCCGAGUGUUUGAUAUUAUUUUCCUCCAGGGAACUGAAGUUAUAUUUAAGGUUGCCCUCAGCCUACUAAGUAGCCAAGAGGCACUUAUAAUGGAAUGUGAAAGCUUUGAGAACAUUGUUGAAUUUCUUAAAAACACACUGCCUGAUAUGAAUACAUCUGAAAUGGAAAAAAUUAUCACACAGGUGUUUGAGAUGGAUACUUCUAAACAGUUACAUGCCUAUGAGGUUGAAUAUCAUGUUCUACAAGAUGAACUUCAGGAAUCUUCAUAUGCCUGUGAGGACAGUGAACCUCUGGAGAAACUGGAGAGAGCCAAUAGCCAUUUGAAAAGACAAAACAUGGACCUCCUAGAAAAAUUACAGGAUUCCCCUGACCCUGCUGUAACUGCUUAUGGGAGUUGGCUGUUGCACAACAUGAAGACUACAGAAGAAUGAUCUGACCAAAGAAAAAAUUACCAUAUGAAGAAGUAAAAGGCGAAAAAAUCAGAAAAUGAUCACAGACCUUUGCCAAAGUAUCCUUGUCGCCAUGAUCUGUAAAGCUCACGACUCCCAUGCCUGGAGCAUCUGAUACCAGUCAUCUUCUCCGUGGGACCACAAGCCUAU